CUUUCCCGUACGACGGUGGCAACUUAUCUGUGGGGUGAGCUGAGAGAUCUGUCUGUUCAAGAAAAUGCCACAUUUAGAUCAUAGUAUAAGGCUGGACUUUAAAGAUGUGUUAAUUCGACCUAAACGGAGUACAAUCCGCAGCCGAGCUGAUGUUGAGCUUGCUAGGCACUUCAAUUUCAAGUAUGCGAAGAAGAAACUUCCAGAUGAUGUUGUUCCCAUCAUAAGUGCAAACAUGGACACCAUCGGUACAUUUGGUAUGGCUGUGGCUUUAGCUGAGCACAAGCUUCUGACAGCAAUUCACAAGCAUUAUCCUCUGGAAGAAUGGGUCAAGUUUGGUAAAGAAAACCCAAGUGUUUUACCAUACACCCUUGCAAGUUGUGGAAUGUCAGAUGAAGAUCUAUUAAAGUUGCAGCAGAUUUUAGAUAGUUGUCCCACAGUUCCAGGAAUCUGUCUUGAUGUUGCAAAUGGCUACUCUGAACAUUUUGUGGAAUUUGUCAAAACUGUCAGGAGCAAGUUUCCAGAUCACAUCAUCAUAGCAGGGAAUGUAGUGACGGGUGAAAUGGUGGAACAGUUGAUUCUGAAUGGAGCUGAUAUCAUCAAGGUUGGCAUAGGACCUGGGUCUGUUUGCACGACCCGCAGGCAGACUGGUGUGGGUUACCCACAGCUGAGUGCGGUGCUAGAGUGCGCUGAUGCUGCUCAUGGCCUCAAGGGACAUAUUAUCUCUGAUGGAGGCUGCACUUGUCCUGGUGAUGUCUCUAAAGCCUUUGGUGCUGGUGCAGAUUUCGUUAUGAUGGGAGGCAUGUUUGCUGGGCAUGAUCAGUCGGGUGGAGAGUUGAUAGAACGUGAUGGAAAGAAAUACAAGAUAUUCUAUGGCAUGAGCUCGUCCACAGCCAUGCAAAAACAUUCAGGAGGAGUAGCCAAUUAUAGAUCAUCAGAAGGUAAAACAGUGGAAGUCCCUUACCGUGGAAAUGUUCAUGAUACUGUCCAGGAUAUUCUUGGUGGUGUGCGGUCAACAUGUACCUAUGUUGGGGCAGAGAAGCUGAAGGAGCUUCCAAGACGUACCACAUUUAUUAGAGUCACUAUGCAACUAAAUAAUGUCUUCUCUUAAUAAUUUAAGGUGGCCUGGUAAGGUUGUGCAUCCCACAGGGUGGAAGUUAGUUUUUUGUCGUGAGUUACUAGACAGUUUACUAGUUGCAAGUGUGCUGACCUGUGACAGGUAAUCCUAAGGUUUCUCAAGAUAUUUUUGGCCUUUUAGCCCCCUUCUACCUAAGGGAGGUUAUUGGAAAUUCUGAGACAAGGCUUAACUGUAAAAAUAUUUCUUGUAAAAUGGGGGUGGGUUCAAACUAAAUAAUCUUCUAUGGGAGGGGUAUACAAGGAUAUUUUGUAUAGUCUGUCCAUAGACCCUCUAUUUUGUCUCGAGUUUGUCAAGAUCAAAUGCAAAGUAUUAACCGUGUGGGACAUGAUUGAGCUAAAAUGCAAGGGGUGGGGCUGGGAAAAGACAAAAACUAAUUAUGAUUUUAAUGUUUUUGUUCACUUCGCAGUUGCUCUCUUGCUCCCACUGGCACAUGUCCAAAGAAAAAUAACUUGCAGAAAAAAAAAAACAUCUGUCUUAAUAUUUUGUGGAGUAACAUUUUUGUUUGCCUACUAUACAGUAGAAUUCUGCCUGCAAUCUACUUAGGUUAUACCUGUGUAUAAGUUCCUCCAAAGCAAUUCUCAAUUAACACAAACUUACACUAAAUUGACUCACGGAAACAAUUCGCUACAUUGUAUCCCAUUAAUUUUUUUCUUUGCCAACCCCUAAAAAAUGAAAAACUUGGAAAGUUACCUAAAACCUAUGGCACAAAAUCAAGAUUGAUGAUACACUAUUUGAAAAGAAAAAUCCCAAGCACAUGUUAACUAACAUGUGAUAACUUAUAAUAUAGCUUUGUAGCUUACUACCUCAGAGAAAUGUUUUUCUAUCUUCAGUGAUCUUUUUAAUUUGUCCCUAAUUUAUUGACAUUUUCUGAACAUCAACCAAAAAUUGGUUCCUGUGUUGAAAGUGUAUACUAUAUGUUAGAGUUGCAGAGACUUAUUUGAUAGUAGGAUUAGCACUUUGAUGUGUAGUCAGUGUCUUUCAAACAUUUGCGAGUUGUGCCUUAAUGGCCGCAAAGACAGUGCUUUAUAAAGUGUCUGGGACUGACCAUUUCAAAAGAUGAUUUCUUCAAAAAUUAUAAUAAUUAUGUACAAUUUCAAUAAAUAAACUUGCCUGUCAAUAGGAAGAAUAUUGAUCAUUAACAAAUAGACAAAUAUUAAUACUUAUACAUAUUUAGACUAAAGUAUCACUUGAGACUUGUAAACAAUCUCUUUUUCAGAACCAUAAUAAAUUAUUGUUCCAGUUUGAGUGUCCAUAUUAA